CCCGCCGUGCUGCAGCCGACGCCGUCCGUCCGCGACCCCGGGCACUGGUCUCCGAGGAUGGCUGAUGAUGGUGCUAGCGGUGCCGGUGGCUCGGAGUCUGCCACCAUCGAGAUCAAUAUCAAGACCCUCGAGUCGCAAGUGCACAAGCUCCGCGUCCAGAAGAGUGAGACUGUUUUGAACCUAAAAGAGAAGAUAGUUGGUGUGGCUGGCAUUCCUGUGGACCAGCAGCGCUUGAUUUUCAGAGGAAGAGUCUUGAAGGAUGACCACCUCUUGUCAGAAUACCAUUUGGAAGAUGGAUAUACAUUGCAUUUGGUUGCUCGACGUGCAGCUGAAGGCCAACCUUCUUCUGGAACUUCUGAAGAAAAUCCCCAGGCUAAUGUUAAUGUUGCUGAAAAUGGAGCAAUGCUAGGUGAUUAUAUGUCCAGGGAAAUUGUACAUGAUAUGCUUUCUGAGGACACGAUAGAUGACAUUGAUAGGACUGUUCGGGAUAUUCUUGGUUCCUUGGGUCUUGGGAUGCCUGGUGGUGUGGCAAAUGCUGCAUUCUCGGUGCCAUUGAACACUGCACCAAAUGGGGCCACCACUACUAAUGGAAGAACUCAGCCCGGGAACCCGCCACCACCUGGGUUCUCAAUUCUCAACCAUCAAAUCCAUGUGUCACAACUUCAGCCAGGAGGCGCUAUUCCUCGCAACAUGGUCAUUCCUGAUUCCAUGAUGACUCUUUUGGAAUAUAUCAAUCGCAUGGAUCAAGUAUUGCAGAACAAUGGUGUUCCAUCCGCGGACUCAAACACUCAGCAACCACCAAGACCAGACGAUGCUUAUUUAAACCAAAGAUUUCCAAGUCCUGAGGUGCUAGUUUCAGUUCUUGAAAGAGCCCAACAAGUUCUUGGAGGCAGUGCUUCUUCCGCUCUUUCUCAUCUUGCACAACAUAUUCAGAGAGAUGCUGCCACUGCUGAUACAUCUAUACGAAGCCAGAUCCAGAAUGAAUCUGCUCAGUUGGGAGUUGCGAUGCAGCAUUUGGGGGCUAUGCUUUUGGAGCUUGGACGGACAAUGAUGAUGCUUAGAAUGGGGGCAUCUUCUGCUAAUGCUUUUGUAAAUGCUGGAUCCGCUGUCUAUAUAAACCCCACAGGACCAAAUCCAAUCAUGGUUCAGCCGUCUUACCAGAGUGCUCCUCAUUUUGGAGUUUCCAGCAUACCAGUUCUGAGUGGAGUUUCUGGCCCAUUCGGUAUCGUUGAUCCUUCUCGAACAUCUGGUGGCGCUUCUGCAACAAGUGCUCCAUCUGUUGGUUCAACCACUGCUUCUACUACCACCACCGGUGGGGAACGCCCAAAUGUAGAAAGAACUCAAGGAGGCAACCUGCAAGCUAACUCAACACAUGGAUUGCCACCAAGAACAGCCGUUGCAGCUAUUCCAGGCCUUCUGGCAAGGUCCUCAGGUCCAAACAAUGUCCUUGGUGUUAUCCUUCCUGUUCAAAUGAGAGGCCAAGUAGCAGCGCCUAAUCAGCCAUCAGUUUCUCAAGGUUUUCAGACUGCAGUGGGCAAUGGAUCUCAACCAAAUUUGACAUAUGUUGUUCCACAAGCUUCUUCAGGUGGUGCUGCUAACAUUUCUUCUAUAGUAGCACAGAUAACCGCACAGGUAGCCAAUGCAUUGGCUGCGAACCCACCAGGCAUGGUUUCAUCAUCUGUGCCAAACACAGCAGGCCAGGGGCCUCACCCAACCACACACAAUGGAGCUGGCACCGUGAGCUCUGCAACAUCAGGAAAUGCCCAACUACAGAGUGAACUUCUAGGUUCUCAUCAUGGACAAACAUUACCGAGUGUGCAAUCUCAUGUAACUGGUGCAGGUACUUCGCAUUCAAAUACAUCUGAUCCCUGUUUGACACUACAAGAUAGCAGUACUGUGAAUGUUUCCACUGGCGAUGUGGAUAACAUUAGGACACAGUCUCGGGAACUGGCAGCAGCUAGCUUAGCAGGACAGCUGACAGAGACAUAUACUGGCGAUGUUCCUUUAAGCACAUCAGCAGGAAGCUCUGAAUUGAAUAACAAGCCCUCAGAUGGAGUAACUGGAGAGUCUACUAAACCUAGUGCUAGUGGCAGUUCUGGACCGCUUGGUCUUGGUGGUGGUCUGCAGCCUAAGAGACGUACCAGAGUAGCAAAGCCAUCUGGGACUAGCGGCGAUUCUGGCGAAGCCCCUGAUACCUCUUCUGUUACUAGAAGCCAAGAAGCUGUUUUGAUGGGGCAGCAGGCUCUGCAGGCCCUAGUUUCGAGAAGUGCCAAUGCAAGCAGCGGCAGUGCUACGAAUUCUCACUCUGCAUCUGCGACACCUCAGGUUGCUGCUGGAAUGCCUCUGAGAAGACCAGGUGCUGAAGGGCAAGUCGAUAUCGGCAGCAUGUUAUCCAGUGUUCUCAACAGCCCGGUCUUUGGCAACCUGAUGUCAAAUGUAGCAGCUCAAACAGGAUUAGAAUCACCAUCUGACGUGAGGAACAUAAUGGAAGACUUAACACAGAACUCUGCAGUGAUGGACACCUUGAGUAAUAUGGUCCAAAGUGUGGAUGGUCCACGAAGGGGCCAAGGAGGUGGCUUUGACUUGUCUAGAAUGAUGCAGCAAAUGAUGCCAGUUGUAAAUCAAGUUCUUGGUGGAGUCGUAGCUCGUCCUGCUGGAACAGAGGCUGUGGAUUCUAGAUUGCAACCUCGGCAAAAUGACAGGGAAGUUAGUGAUGCUGUAGAUGGCAGCAGCUCUCAGAUUGAUCUUCAUGAAGCAUGUGAACGCAUUGAGCAAUGUGACCCCCCUGAGGAUAUCUUCGGUGCUGUCCUUGAGACUGCUGCUCAGGCUUAUGGUGAAGACGAUAGCAUUCAAUUCAUGCUUGAAGAGCUUGCUAGUGAUCCGGAGCUUGCUGAUGACUACUUGAAACUUCUGCUGGAACAAGUCGGCGAGAGAGUGGAGUCUGAUUCCGAGAACAAGAAGCAGUCGUGAAGCAUGACUUGGGAGGUGAUUGAAGAAGGGGGCGAUAUAAUACAUGCGAUUUGUUAGUAAAUUACAAUGUGCUGAAAACCAUGCAUGUGGUUCCAUCCGUCCGUUUGCUGCACAGUGACUCUUGAACAUUCAGACCUUGUCAGCCAUCGAUGGUGGCGUGAUCGGUGAUGACCCGUGACUGUCUUGUGGAUGUAAUUUUCUGAAUGUUGUACCAAAUUUUGCUAGUGGCACAUGCAUGCACAUAGCUAGCUAGCUGGAGAAAUGGAUAAUGCACAAAUGUUGCAUUGCAGAUAUGCGUUUAUUGAACCUGUGGACACCGUAUUUUUAUAUGUUGUGUUUGCGAUCA